UGUGACAUCAAUGUUCUUACUCUAUUUAAAAGAACCAACCGACUGGGUAUAACUCAUUGUCUUUGCAUCGUCACACCUGAUCAACUGCUGAAAUUGACUGACUCGAAGAACUGACCACCAAGAUGAUGAUGAAGACUGUAAUCUUUCUGGGCUGCCUCCUGGGCCUGUCAUUGGCUCUUCCUGCUGAUGUGGAUCAUUUGAGAGUUGCACGUUCCAGCUCUGACUCCAACUCUAACUCAAACUCCAGGGAGGCUGGUUCCUUUCUGCCCUCCCUGCCACAGUUGAAUUCAAAUCAGCUACUUCAACUUCUACUUAAACUGUUUGCUGCCUCUGUCCCAGCACCAGCCCCUGCCCCAGCCCCUGCCCCAGCCCCUGCCCCCUGCCCCAGCCCCUGCCCCCCCAGCCCCAGCCCCAGCCCCUGCCCCUGCCCCAGCCCCUGCACCAGCCCCUGCCCCUGCACCAGCCCCUGCCCCAGGUGGACGUUAAACAGGUGAAAAGUACUACUUAAACAGUUUUUGGGGGUAUCUGUACUUUACUUUACUAUAUAUAUAUUUCUGACAACUUUUACUUUUGCUUCACAAAAUUCCUGAAGAAAAUAAUGUACAUUUUACCCCAUACAUUGUCCUUGACAUCCAAAAAUUACCUUUUGAAUGCUUAGCAGGACAGGAAAAUGGAUAAAUUCAUACGCUUAUCAAGAGAACAUCCCUGGUCAUCCCUACUGUCUCUGAUCUGGUGGACUCACAAA